GGUCGGGGAGUAAGGACGGUGAUUUGCAAGGGACAAAAUAUACAGUUUUGCUUCUCGACUGGACAAUAAGGAGUCGAUAAACUGCCGAGAGGAGCCACCCGCUUCCACAGCCGUCCGAGCGUGGAACAACUCGGUAGAGCGUCCACAUCACCAAAUCCAGAAAAGACACACGCUCAGCAAAUUGUCUUAAAGCAAAGCGCCACUUUUAGUCAAUUACUCAAAAAACAAGUGUGAAAUUACUCAACCACUAUUUUAUUGAUUAAUCAUUUCGAGCCAGCCUCCGAAUUUUAGCUCGUUCAACAAAUAUUCUCUGAUUUGUGUCGUCCGUUAAUGAAAGCAGCCAUAUUAGCCCAAUAUUCUAAUAAUAUGUUAAUAAAUUUAAAUGUAAAUAACAUAUUUUAAAAUACAAGGUUUUAGUCUAUUUUCUCACUUGACAAAACCAGUAAUCAAUUUUCCAGUUUUAUGUGAUGGAAGUAAUGGAAAUUUGAAGCUGUCGUAUGAAUGACAUGUAGCUGAACCUGAAGCAGCCUCAGAAGUGUGUUUCAAAUUAAGAGGCCUUCACUCGCAUCAAUUAGUAGCUCUUUCCUUUUUGUUUAUUUGACUUAGUUUAAUUAUUAAACAAUUGCAAAAAACAGUAAUCGGUUUGUAAAAUUAAAAAAAAUAUAUUUUAAAUGUACAAUUUUACUUUUUAAUCCGAUUAUUCUAUUGAUCGACAAAAGAAUAGAUUGUCAAAAUAUUUGAUAGUGACAGCCCUUAAGGAAAGUGCUGUUGGGCACUUAAGCUUGGUGUUGGCCAAUUACGUCGCCUCGAUGGAGAAUGGCGACUGUCAAAGAAAUAAUUACACGGGCAAUCGUUCCCUCUUCCACAAGCAUCAGCUAAACUCAGUUAGAUUCAGCCACGCUCGCUAGCCUGUGCGCCCACCAGCCGCCCUCCCUUCGCUCGCCCCGACCUUCCCGACCCCACACCCUACUCGGGCUUCGCCAUGACGUCGGUGAGGUUCACCGUGACGCCCACCAAGGCGGAGGACCACCCCGGGCUGUCGGACACGUCGCCCGAAAUCAGCUCCCGCUCCGGCAACCACGUGCGCUUCGGCUCCCGGGAAAGCGUCAGCCGAAGCGAGCCGCCCAGCGACUCAUCGAUGGGAGUCGUGGCACCGACAGGAGGAGGCGGCACGGAAACGCCGGACCACAGUAACAUGGAGCAAGGGGAUGGAAAUUCCAAACUGUCUAGCGUGUACAUCAACAACAGCCACGGCGCGGAUGAUGACGACUUCUAUGACAGGAACUUGGCCUUGUUUGAGGAGGAAAUGGACACGCGGCCCAAAGUUUCGUCCCUGCUCAGUCGUCUGGCCAACUAUACCAACCUGAUGCAGAGCGCCAAGGAGCAUGAGGAGGCCGAGAGCAACAAUGAGAAGAAGAAGGCCAAGUCACCGCGCAUGGGAACCUUCAUGGGCGUGUACCUGCCGUGCCUGCAGAACAUCUUUGGCGUCAUCUUGUUCCUACGUUUGACCUGGGUGGUGGGGACCGCCGGCGUGUUGCAGGGCCUCUGCAUCGUCUUCAUCUGCUGCUGCUGCACAAUGCUGACCGCCAUAUCCAUGAGUGCCAUUGCCACCAAUGGAGUGGUUCCAGCCGGCGGUUCCUACUUCAUGAUCAGCCGCUCUCUGGGUCCGGAGUUUGGGGGGGCGGUGGGUCUGUGCUUCUACCUGGGUACCACCUUUGCAGGGGCCAUGUAUAUCCUCGGAGCCGUCGAGAUCCUGCUGAUGUACAUUGCACCUGAGGCGGCCAUCUUCACCGCCAAGGGGCUGGAGGGCGAGGGUGCGGCCAUGUUGAACAACAUGCGUGUCUACGGCUCCGUCUGCCUCCUCCUCAUGUCCCUGCUGGUCUUUGUGGGCGUCAAGUACGUCAACAAACUGGCCUCUGUCUUCCUGGCCUGCGUCAUCGUCUCCAUCGUCUCCAUUUAUGUGGGCGCGCUGGUCUCCGCUUUCAGGCCGCCCAAUUUCCCGGUAUGUACGCUCGGAAACCGAACCAUCAACGGCCACGACCUCUUCGACCAGCAGUGCGCUAAAACCGUCCCGCUGUCCGCCGAGAGGGAGGUGACCAACGAGACGCUAGGCGGCGCGGACGGCAACACCACGACUCUGGCGACAACGGAGCUGGUCCCCAGUCGCGGCGAGAAUACCACAUACUUGUGGAGCCGCUUCUGCCAGAGUGUCGAACUCAACUCCUCCUGUGACGACUACUUUGCAGCCAAUAACUUCUCCCGCAUCGACGGUAUCCCUGGUUUGGCCAGUGGCAUCAUCUCCGAGAACCUGUGGAGCUCAUACCUUGGCAAAGGAGACGUGGUGGAGAAAGGCUCUUUGAGCUCCUCCCAGGGAGCGGGUUCGCCAUCCACACAGCAGCCUUACGUCUUUGCUGACAUCACCACCUCCUUCACCCUCCUGGUGGGAAUCUUCUUCCCCUCCGUCACAGGAAUCAUGGCCGGUUCGAAUCGGUCAGGGGACCUAAAAGACGCCCAGCGGUCCAUCCCCAUCGGGACUAUCCUUGCUAUCCUCACCACCUCCUUUAUUUACCUCAGCAGCGUUGUUUUAUUUGGCGCCUGCAUUGACGGUGUGGUCCUCAGAGACAAGUUUGGAGACUCUGUCCGAGGGAAUUUGGUAGUGGCCACGUUAGCCUGGCCCACUCCUUGGGUCAUUGUGGUGGGAUCCUUCUUCUCCACGUGUGGCGCGGGUCUCCAGUCGUUGACGGGUGCUCCAAGGCUUCUGCAGGCUAUCGCCAAAGACAACAUUAUUCCCUUUCUUCGGGUGUUCGGUCACGGUAAAGCCAACGGCGAACCCACCUGGGCGCUGCUGCUGACGGCCCUCAUCGCUGAGCUGGGCAUCCUCAUUGCCUCUCUGGACCUGGUGGCUCCAAUCCUGACCAUGUUCUUCUUGAUGUGCUACCUGUUUGUCAACCUGGCCUGCGGCCUGCAGACCCUCCUGAGGACGCCCAACUGGAGACCACGCUUUUCCUACUACCACUGGACCUUGUCAUUUUUGGGGAUGACCAUCUGCCUGGCGCUCAUGUUCAUCUCCUCCUGGUACUAUGCAAUCGUUGCCAUAGUGAUUGCAGGCAUGAUCUACAAGUACAUCGAGUACCACGGAGCAGAGAAGGAGUGGGGAGAUGGAAUCCGCGGACUCUCGCUCAGCGCCGCCCGCUACGCCCUCUUGCGGUUGGAAGAGGGCCCACCUCACACUAAAAACUGGAGGCCGCAGCUGUUGGUUUUACUCAAACUGGAUGAAGACGCGCACGUCAAGUCUCCGCGCCUGCUGACCUUUGCCAGCCAGCUGAAGGCAGGAAAAGGCCUGACCAUCGUGGGCACGGUAGUUUCCGGCAACUUCCUUCACAGCUACGGAGAGGCAUUGGCGGCGGAACAGACCCUAAAGCUUCUGAUGGACAAGGAGCGGGUCAAAGGGUUCUGCCAGUGCAUCGUCGCACAGAAGGCACGUGAAGGCAUCAGUCAUAUGAUCCAGUCCAGCGGUCUGGGGGGGAUGAAGCCCAACACCGUGGUGAUGGGAUGGCCUCAUGCCUGGAGGCAGAGCGAAGAUCCGCAGUCCUGGAAGACCUUCAUCCACACAGUGCGCGUCACCACGGCCGCUCACCUGGCCUUGCUGGUGCCGAAAAACAUCUCCCUCUUUCCCAGCAACAACGAGCCGUGCGCCGACGGCUACAUGGACGUGUGGUGGAUCGUGCACGACGGCGGGAUGCUGAUGCUGCUGCCCUUCCUGCUACGCCAGCACAAGGUAUGGCGAAAGUGCGGGAUGCGCAUCUUUACCGUGGCCCAGAUGGAGGACAAUUCCAUCCAAAUGAAGAAGGACCUAGCGACGUUCCUCUAUCACUUACGAAUCGAGGCCGAGGUGGAAGUCGUUGAGAUGCACGACAGUGACAUCAGCGCCUACACUUACGAGAGGACCCUGAUGAUGGAGCAGAGGUCGCAGAUGCUCCGCCAGAUGCGGCUUUCCAAAUCGGACCGUGAGCGAGAGGCUCAGCUGGUCAAGGACCGCAACUCCAUGUUGCGACUGACCAGCAUCGGCUCAGACGAGGACGACGAAACGGACGGCGGCGAACGGGAGCGAGCGGCGGCGGCGGCCGGCGACGGGUCCUCGUCCGAGCGCCACCGUCGCGUUCAAAUGACCUGGACCAAAGAGAAGGCGUCGCAGUACCGGGCAGCGCACUCUGGAUGCUCCACGCCCGAGGGCUUCAGAGACAUGCUCAGCAUCCGACCUGACCAUUCCAACGUGAGGAGGAUGCACACGGCCGUCAAGCUCAACGAAGUCAUCGUCAACAAAUCCCACGACGCCAGAGUAGUCCUCCUCAAUAUGCCGGGACCACCCAAGAACCCGGACGGAGAUGAGAACUACAUGGAGUUCCUGGAAGUUCUCACCGAGGGUUUGGAGCGUGUUCUGCUGGUCCGAGGUGGAGGAAGUGAAGUCAUCACCAUCUACUCGUGAUGAGAUGCCCACUUUGAAGGCAGUUGCCAAUCUACUGCAAGUGAGAGAAGGGGGGGGGGGGGGUUAACUGCCGCAUGGGACCACUCAAACCAACCGCCGCUUGUCACUUGCUUGUCGUCACUCUUCUGUCAUUCCACUGGCGUCACGCUGCAAGAAAAAGAAACAAGCCCCGCGUUCUAAUGGAUUGCGUUUUCCCGCUGACGGUCGUAGUGCGAUGUCAAGUGUCAGAGGCUCUCGUUGCUCUGAUGAGACUCAGGGUUGAAAUUUUUCUCUUUUUCUCGGUAUGUUUGUUCGAAAUGUUGGAAUUUGUUCAUGCUCUGCACUUUUGUUUCCAGCAUAGUAACUUAAAUAGUUUCGUAUCUUCUCUGAUUUUAAACUACUGUAUAUGGAUGGUCCAUUUUUUUUUUUUUUUUUGUCUCCGGUGACAGAACAAAUCCCUUGUAGUUCUGCUUUGAUGAAAUGGACAUUUUCCUCACUCAUUGACAUGCAGUUUCUUCUCGCCAUGACACAUUCCUGUGUAACUGCAAUAUCAUGAGCCAAAGUCUCAGAGGUUGGCCCUCGUGGACGUCAUUUCUGGGAGAAUGAAACAAAAUGAGGCAUGGAAAAUCCAGGCUGAAAUGACCGGUAUGUAUGUGUGGAAUGUUAUAAAUGAUUCAUGCCCUACUGUCUGUAUGUGUGUGAAUAAGCGCUUGUUGCUAAAUGUGAGCUGUAACCUGUUUUUUCGUUCUCCAAAUGUUUGUGUUACGGUGCAGGGAUUUAUUUUUGUUUUUCAAACAUUAUUGUAUUUCCUGUACAUGAUAACAGAGAUUCCAAGAUGUAUCUUUUUUUAAUUACACAAUUAUGUGAGGCAUAAAACUUGUUUGGUUGAACAUUUUGGGAAUAAAGUGAUCUAGAAGAAACAAA